AUAAAAGGGCCUUGGAACAGAGCACCUCCAUCCACUCCUCUCCUGAGGUGCUGACGACUCUCUGUUGUGUGCGCGCUGCUCCUGAACCUGCCCACCAAGAUGUCCUGCCAGCAGAACCAGCAGCAGUGCCAGCCCCCUCCCAAGUGCGUCCCCAAGUGCCCCACACCUAAAUGCCCCCCAAAGUGCCCCCCAGUCUCCUCCUGCUGUGAUGUCAGCUCCGGGGGCUGCUGCGGCCCCAGCUCUGGGGACUGCUGCAGCUCUGGGUGUGGGGGCUGCUGCCUGAGCCACCACAGGCGCCGCAGGUCCCACCACCGCAGACCCCACAGGUCUGACUGCUGCAGCCAGCCCUCGGGGGGCUCCGGGUGCUGUGGAGGGGGCAGUGGUCAGUCCUAUGGAGGCGGCUGCUCUCCUGAACCCGCCCACCAAGAUGUCCUGCCAGCAGAACCAGCAGCAGUGCCAGCCCCCUUCCAACCCCCCAAGUGCCCCCCAGUCUCCCCCUGCUGCGGCCCCAGCUCCGGGGGCUGCUGCAGCUCUGGGUGUGGGGGCUGCUGCCUGAGCCACCACAGGCGCCGCAGGUCCCACCACUGCAGACCCCACAGGUCUGACUGCUGCAGCCAGCCCUCGGGGGGCUCCGGGUGCUGCGGAGGGGGCAGUGGUCAGUCCUAUGGAGGCGGCUGCUGCUGAAGUGGACCCUGUGCCAAGAAGAGCUGACCUGGGGACAGCCGGUGGACAAACACUUCCUCCUCCUCCUUCACCUCCUGCUGGGCCUACCCCUCUUGCUGGGGAAUCUGGGUGAGGCCUUUGAGCUCUGGUCCUAAAGAUCCCUGUGCUCUAGGGUCCAGGAGCCCCAGAUCUCUCCCUGAAACCCAUUUAUUCACCUCCUUUGCCAUACGUGUGAUGGCCCUGGGAAUCACAAAGCAUAGACCCCAUGUCCCUCUGCAACUUCUGGCAUCCUGCUGCCUGAGUUAAAAUAAUAAAUACAGAGUCUGCUCACUGACUUGAUGUAGACAGAUUUCAUUCAUGUUUUGGUCACUGUUGUUCUAUUCUUGUACCUUCUCUGCUGGUGGCUGCAGAGGCCUCAGUAGACAGAUGACAGGGUCAUGGGUCAGAAGGGAAAAGUUUGUAUUUUUUAUAGUUUUGCAUUUUCUCCUAAUUCUUUGUUUUCCCUUUUAACCAAUAUCCCGAAGCAGCAUUAGUUGUGAACAUAGCUUCUUCAACUUCUGGCUCCCUUCCUCCCUUCAUGUAUCUAACUGUGGCCUUCAGACAUGACCAAGAGACAGACAGCUUCCUCUUCCUCUCUUUCCACUGUCAUUCUUCACUCUUAUGCUCUGCAUCCCUCACCCUUCUCCUAACAAUCUCUACUUGACUCCUCCAUCAGUUUAAAUGUACAA